AUGGCCCCUGCCAGCAGGAUACUGGAGUCUCCCAACCCGCCGGGCGCAGAGCCCGGCGCCCUCUUCUUCGAGACGGAGCGGCUCAUCGUACGCCGCUACCGUGCCGACGACGCGCCCGCCCUCGCCGCGGCGGCAAACUACACCCAGGUGUCCGACUGGAUGAGCGACCGCUUCCCGUCGCCAUACACGGCGGACGCGGCGCUCGAGUUCUUCGCGCGGCACGAAAAGGCGCUGCAUCCCACGCAUCCGACCCACGCCGCCGUCCUCAUCAAGCCCAACACAGCCGACAACCCCUCGUCGGAGCCGCGGAUGAUCGGCGGGCUCGGCGCCGACGUCAUGGAGGACAUACUCUACCGCACGUGGAAUCUGGGCUACUUCCUCACGCCGUCGGCCUGGGGCAAGGGAUACGCGACGGAAGCCGUAGGCGGGUUCGUGCGCUGGCUCUUCGCGACAUGGCCGCUCCUCAACAGGAUAGAAGGCGAGGCGUAUGGCCACAACGUCGCGAGCCAGCGCGUGCUGGAAAAGAGCGGCCUCAAGAGGGAAGGUGUCAGGCGCGGCGCUGCCGAGAAGCAAGGGGUGCUGGUGGACUUGAUCAUGUUUGGUAUCGUGCGAGCAGACUUGCAGGAGCAGAGUAGAUGA